AUGAAGGGCCCAGUGCUUAUUGCCCUAGCACGAGCUGAAGCUGGAGAGAAAUAUGAAGGUCAUGAAAGUAGAAAAGGAAUCAUGAGAAACAAAGAGGAGGGCUUCAGCGUGGAGGAAGAAAAAGCGGUUAAGGGAGCAGUAGACAAUGGUGGAGUAAUCGUGGGAGGCUUCGACAAGGAAUGGAUCGGCCAGACUGCAGGUCGACACAAGCGCAGUAGAUCACGUCGACCUGACAGCCCAGGUCAGUGGUUCAAGAGCGGCGGCAUCCACGUCCCUGUGCGCAUGCUCUGCUCGCGCAAGCUUCGCCCAGGUCCUGACGGCGCCCCGCCCCGCCGGGCCGGCGUGCCCGCCCUCUCCCGGGGCGCGCCCAGAGCCCGGCCCGGCGCGGGGCCAUCUUCGGGGCAGCCAGGCCGCCGCGCGCCCCGCUCGAGCCUCGCCGCCCGCCGCCCGCCGCCGCCGCCGCCGCCGCCCCGCGCGAUCCGCACCGGCCCCGCAGCGAGCGAGCCCGCGCCCCGGCCGCAACCGCCGCCAACCGCCCACUGCGGCCCCGCCGUCCCGCACGCCGCGGCCGCCGACCCGGAGCCCGCGCCCCCGGCCCCGGCGCCCGCCGCGAUGCUCGCGGGGAGCCCCGGGGGCGACGCGGUCCCCGCCGCCGCCGCCGCCCCCGCCACCGCAGCGCCGGCCCCGGCAGCUCCCGCCGGCGGCGAGGACGCGGAGAAGAAAGUUCUCGCCACCAAAGUCCUUGGCACUGUCAAGUGGUUCAACGUCAGGAAUGGCUAUGGAUUUAUAAACCGAAAUGACACCAAAGAAGAUGUGUUUGUACAUCAGACCGCCAUCAAGAAGAACAACCCCCGGAAAUUCCUCCGCAGCGUGGGCGACGGGGAGACCGUGGAGUUCGAUGUGGUCGAAGGGGAGAAGGGGGCCGAGGCCGCGAACGUGACAGGCCCCGACGGGGUCCCCGUGGAAGGAAGUCGCUACGCCGCCGAUCGCCGCCGCUACCGACGCGGCUACUACGGCAGACGCCGCGGGCCUCCCCGAAACUACGCUGGGGAGGAGGAGGAGGAGGAGGAGGAGGAAGGGAGCACCUGCAGUGAAGGAUUUGAGCCCCCUGCUGCCGACGGGCAGUUCCCUGGGGCCCGGAGCCAGCUGCGCCGCCCCCAGUAUCACGCUCAGUACCGGCAGCAGCGGUGGCUCCCGCCUUACCACGUGGGACAGACCUCUGACCACCGCCGGGCGCGGGUCCUUGCCCAUCCCAGCAGAACGCAGGCUGGUGAGAUUGGAGACCUGAAGGACAGUGGCCCCGAGGGAACACAGCCUCCGAUCCAUCGAAAUCCAACUUACCGCCCACGGUUCCGCAGGGGACCAACUCGCCCACGACCUGCCCCCGCUAACGGGGAGACUGAAGAUAAAGAGAACCAGCAAGCGGCCAGUGGCCCGAACCAGCCACCUCGCCGCGGCUUCCGGCGCCCCUACAACUACCGGCGUCGCCCACGUCCACCGAACUCUGUUUCCCAAGAUGGCAAAGAGGCCAAGGCAGGUGAAGUCGCAUCGGAGAACCCCGCCCCGGCCGCGGAGCCGAGAAAUGCCGAGUGACCCCGGCCCGCAGGCCCCUCAGCAGCAGCAGGGUGACCUAAAGAAUCAAUAACCAUUCAAAAAUAAGGCAAAAAGCACACCCACGACCUUAAACACCAAAGAACCAUCUAAGCAAUAAAGUGGAAGACUAACCAAGAUUGGACACCGGAAUGUCACCGUUCCUCUUGAGAAACUCACAGCUGCCCCAGGAAGCUGUUGGCAGUCCUUGGCACUACCCCCGGGAGGGCGCGCCUGCUCGGGCGCGGGAGAGCUGCCUCCCCACUCGGAGCAACCACUAGCUUUGUAUUAUUUUUUCUGGUUUUUUACUGUUUUGGUAAUAAGAAUUGAAAGAAGAAAUAUUAAUACCACAUGGGAGAACCCCAACCAAAGAAAUCCGAAGUAAAUAGUAAACACAUAUUUUUCUUUUUUUUGUUCAUUUUGGAUGCUGGUGCUAAACUUUAAAGUGUCAUGAUUUAAGAAAUUUUAUGCCCUUAUUUAUUUCUAGGAUGAGGGGAGGAGGAUGUUUUUGCUUUAUUAUAUAGCUCUCUGUGAAAAAUGUGCCGUCACAGGUUCCUCAAAAAUAAAAUUUUUACCCUUGGAAGGAAA